CUUUUGUUCCCACGUUUGUUGCAUUACUGCUGCUGUUCAGGUUGCUGCUGCUGCUGCUGCUCCUAUUGCUGGCCUGCUUCUGCUGGCAUGCAUCCGUAAUUAGCACUACCUUGCCUGAAGAAGGUGGUGACUGGAACGAGCCGCGUCGACUACGCCCACAACAUUCUCAAGUCGAGCCGUCACAUCUCUCGUUCGAAAUUCGAUCCAGCGAUCAUCGACGACGGACUCUCCCUUGGUCGCAUCACCACAUCUUACCAAGCGAUGGAACUAUUCCACGACCAGUACGCACCAUAGCCUCUCUUCAUGGCUACGACCGAAAGCCCCCGACGACGGACCUCCGCUUCGAGUCUGUCAGGGGAUGCCGACCUCCACGAGCAUGCCAUUCCAUCCGAAACAACGACUAUUGAUGCUAGCUAUUUCGAAAGCGUCCAGCUCAUGCCAUCAUCACUCUCACGAUCACUACCACAUCCACCGCCGCCGCCGCCGCCUCCUCCUUCGACGUUGACGCAACCAAACUCUCUUGGCCCCUUGAUGGCUGCUCCACCUGCAUGGCCAAAACCCGAUGCGUCACAACACCAUGGUUCUCAAUCCUCAGGCCCGAAUACACCACGUCCUCUAUCCCAUCAGGCCAGUUACGGACACAAACGACCUCACCCUCCGCCUCCGCCUCCGCCGUCCCGAGGACCGCGGCCACUCGUUCCCACUAUGCUCCUUCACCCACCACCACCUCCGCCGCCGCCGCCGUCAAACCUCGAUGCUGCCUUCAGGGGUCGAGGGCUGGCAAAGGUUUCGAUGCAACGCAGCCUUUCGCCGUCCAUGUCGCUAUCAUCAGGUUCAUGGCACCACGAAUACACUAGCUCAGACGACGACACAAGCUCGGUGGAGGCAGAUUACUUUGAACAGAAAAAUCGGGUAGUCUUUCCACCGCUUAUGCCCACCGUGCAAGAUCGUCAGGUAUUUGAGCGAGAGAGGAAACAUAUCACAGACUCUAUCACGGAUAAGGUUUCUCGGCUUGAGAACUCACGGAGCUCCGUUCCCAGCCUUGUCGAUUCUGAUGCAUCUUCGGUGGCGUCCAUGGCAUCUCUAGACGACGGAGUACAGGAGCUAUGGGUACAGAUGAAGCAUCGUCGGCAGCGGGUGAACUUUUUAAAGCAGGACAUGGCCGGCCGGCGUAAGGUUCUUCGGGACCUGCGUCGCAGAAAGGAUGAAGCCGACAACAGCUUCAUGAACAUGCUGCGCCCAAUUCUUAUCAAGGGUCGCCGUGGUCUACCUGCAACAUCGGACCAAAUGUUGGAGACACGAUUUGCCGAGAUGCAGGCACUUCGAACGGAAUACCACACUAUCGAAGUUGACUACGAGGAACUCGAGGUCUCACUGGAUGAAGAAGAGGAAGGCCUCAACAAUACUGAGACACGCUUUUUCAGUCUCUUGGCCGCUGGUAGCAAGAGACAACCCCGGCCAAGGAUGCGAGAUGAGGAUUCCGAGGAUGACGAAUCUGUAGAACAACCGGAUAUACCAUAUGAACUCACCGGUAUUUCCCGUCACGGGCCUUCCGACGAUGCCCAUCCGCUUUGGCAAGACCUUGUGUCUGCCAUCGGGGACUUGAACAACGCUAAAGAAGAGUACGACGAUCUCCUGCUGUACCACAGGCAAUACACGUACAGUAUGGAUGUCAAGAAAUCGACCGGGAUGAAGCCUAGCGCGGAAGAAGUCGAAUUCAUGGACGAAUAUCCGGAAGAAGAGCGCGAGAAGCGGGAGGACAUGGACCGCCUGACAGAAGAGGUUUCCAGGCUGAAGCGGAUUUGCGAAGAAAAUGGUGCGAUGAAGAAGCAUCCGUCCUUCGAAAUCGCACACGCCCUUGACCCCAACAUCGGCGAAGACAUGGCGCUCGACAACACGCCUCCAAGAUCUGGAUCUCUGGCCCAUGGUCGUUUUUCAGAACUCUUGUCUCGUCCAGACCAUGUACUUCGGCCGGAGCCGGUGACUGCCAUUGAGGAGGUGAGGCGCGCUGCGAAGAACCACGCGGCGGACCCGGCUACGCUGCCGCAGCUUCGAGCGGCUCAGAAGGAGCUGGGCAUUUCUAGGCUGAUCAGCGAAUUUAAGAAAGAGGAUAAGUCGGAUUUUAUCACACGAUGGCUUCUGCAGCAGCUGCGUACUUCGCCGGUUGCUGUUGAACUUCUUUAUUCAACAUUUAUACACACUCUUCGGCUCAGGAUUGGUAAUGUGCACAAGUGGCAGCAAGACGUUUUGUUCCACUGGUGGAGCGACGGUGCUGUCAAAUCGCCGGAGGAAUUUUUUGGCCCGCUUACAGGAAGUGGGAUGGUGUCGCCAGGGCGCGAGGCUUCGCCGGAACACACCUCUCUUCCUCCGGAGCGCGAUGUGCGCAUUUCUACACCAUCGAGAGCGGCCACGGAAGAUUGGUCGAGCGGCCAUCGUCGCAUAUACCCCGAGGAAGCGAGCCGGUCGACUGAAGUUUAUUGAUAUUGCUUAGCGAGCGCGUUUGUUUGCUUCUUCAGUUGGGAAGCUGCUGUUUUGGGUUCCAGAUCCCACAUGUUAUUGCCUCGGAAACAGACCUGGCACAAAGGAUGGAUGAUAGACUGUAUUUUGGAUUGGAGCGACGGAUCUGCUUUGUCUGGGCGGCAUACUGAUACCCUUUGAAGACCCAGUUUUGAUGGAAUGUAAAGAUAACCGAGCGGGCAUCUUUCGAGCUGAUUGCGAUUCAAGGGGAAACCAAUACCGGAUUUUGUUGUUUGGGGGGUA